AUGGCGGCAGCAAAAAGCACCUCACGAGAACAGGUCAAGACGAAGAAGAUGACGUCCAAGAAGCAGAAAACCCCGUUGAAGAAAGCCAAGAAAGCCAGCAAGCACACCCAGAAAGCAGUUCCCAAUGUCAUUUAUAUUGGUCACUUGCCCCGCGAAUGCGAAGAACGAGAGUUGAUUGCCUUCUUGAAGCAAUUUGGUCACUUGAGUCAGCUGCGUGUGUGUCGCUCUCACAAAACUGGUGGAACGAAGGGUUACGCCUUUGCCAAAUUCCAAGAUGAAGAAGUUGCUGCCAUUGUGGCAGAUAACUUGAACGGUCAUUUACUCUUUCAAAAGAAGUUGGUGUCUCAUGUGUUGUCGCCUGAGAACAUCCACGGCAAAAUAUUCUCCAAGGACACUGUGACGGUCUUUCAACGAAAAUCAACAAAAUCAGGAGAAGAAAAGAAAACAAAGACAAUCAACGCUGAAGAGAUUUCUCGUAGACUGCUACAGCAGGAAAAGAAAAAACGCAGCCAAUUGAAGGCCAAGGGCAUCGACUAUGACUUCCCUGGUUACAAGGCCAAGCUCGACAAAGAGGAACCCAAAGAGGAGAAACCCAAAGAAAAGAAAACUGAAGUUGCUGUAGAAGAAGAAACUGCCAAGACUCCAAAAGUCAACAGUGAUAAAAAGUCCAAGAGAAAGCGCUCAUUGAGCGCGGACAAAACCAAGGAGAAGCCCAAACAAGAGAAGCAAAAGACACCCAAAGAAAAGAAAGCUGAAGAUGCUGUAGAUGAAGAAGCUGUCAAGACUCCAAAACUCAAUAGUGAGAAAAAGUCCAAGAGCGCGGACAAAACCAAGGAGAAGCCCAAACAAGAGAAGCAAGAGACACCCAAAGAAAAAAAAGCUGAAGAUGCUGUAGAUGAAGAAGCUGUCUAUACUCCAAAAGUCAAUAGUGAGAAAAAGUCCAAGAAGAAGCGCUCAUUGAGUGCGGACAAAACUAAGCAGGAGAAGCAAGAGACACCCAAAGAAAAGAAAACUGAAGAUGCUGUAGAAGAAGAAACUCCCAAGACUCCAAAAGUCAAUAGUGAGAAAAAGUCGAAGAAGAAGCGCUCAUUGAGUGCGGACAAAACCAAGCAGGAGAAACCCAAACAAGAGAAACAAGAGACACCCAAGCAAGAGAAACAAAAAAAGCCCAAGGAGGAAGCUGAAGAUGCUGAAGAAGAAGCUGUCAAGACUCCUAAAGCCAAGAGUGACAAAAAGUCAAAGAGAAAGCGCUCAUUGAGUGCGGACAAAACCAAAGAGGAAAAGCCCAAAGAGGAAAAACAAGAGAAGCCCAAAGAGAAUGAGACUGAAGAUGUCACAGAAGAAGCCAACAAGACCCCAAAAGUGAAGAGUGAGAAAAAGCCUAAGAGAAAGGGCUCUCUGAGUGGGGACAAAACCAAAGACAAGCCCAAACAGGAGAAGAAAGAGAGUCCCAAGGAGAAGAAGGAUGAUGUUGAAGGAGUUGUCAAGACUCCAACAGUCAAGAGUGAGGAUAAGCCCAAGAGAAAGCGCUCAUUGAGUGGGGACAAUGGGGAACCAGAGCGCCCUCAGAGUGAGAAGAAGAGCAAGAAAAAGAGCAAGAAAGACAAGAAGAGCCGCAAGUCCUUCCCCUAG